AUGACAACUGAUGGAGGUGAGCUUAGUAUGAAUGACUUACAAACUAGAAAGAGUUUAGUGUUUCUGUUGCAUACAUGCAGUCAAAAUGGAGAUUAAGAUGUUUGAAGUUAUUGAGGUGGCAUGCAAAACUUAGAACGUACAUGAAAAAAUCAAGGAAAAAACUUAAACAAAUGAUUAUAGACAGAGUAAGAUCUAAUGAAAGUCUUAAAGAAUAUGCAAUAUGGCGAGCGAAAAGAAAGCCAACGAAAUGAAAUGUUGGAGUUAUUAAUAUCAACACACAAAAAACUGUGUUAAAGAGAGUAGGAAAAUGCUCACGUGUGGUCCUUACUCCAAAGACUGUUUGAUAGCGUUGCGAAAUGUUUCAUUCCAGGGGGCUGGCUUCUUGUGAAAAAAUUUUGUUUCGAAGUCUACUUCACUUCCACACUGGACCACUGAUUCAUCAAACUUCAACAACAACAAUAUGGGUAUCACAAUGAGUGCACUGAAGGAGCUUAGGUCAUACUUGUCUUUCACUCAACUUAGAUUCCACUGCAGUAAGAAACAAGGUCGUACAUUCCACGUGACCACGGUCAGUAAUAGCACCGGUGCAGCUAUGGUCCAGUUCUUCAGCGGCCAGAAGGAUAUGCUUCCCGAUUCAUGUGGGUAUUUUCAAAGAAUGGAGGACGGCAACUCUAAGUUUUCCAUGGAGUGUGAGAGUUGGAAUUAUUAG